GCGGGCAUUAGUUGACGGCGUGCAUACACACGCACGGAUGACAAAUCCGUCGCGGUUUUCCGCUAUCUGCCCGUGAAUAUAAUCGUUAUCGCCACGUAUCGUGCAUCGACUCCUCUCGCCGAGGCGUAGUAAUCAUGAUCCUGCUCGAGAUACACAACAGGAUACUCGAGGAAACGUUGACGAACAAAGUCAAGAAUUCUCAAUCGGGACAUAAGCAGGAAUCGACAGAUGUCGUCAUAGCAGACUUUGAUGGGGUACUGUUUCACAUUUCAAACCUCAGUGGAGACAAGUCAAAGCUUAGAAUUAGUAUCUUGCUCAAAUUUUAUAAACAGUUGCAAGAGCAUGGCGCAGACGAAUUGCUCAAACGAGAGUACGGGUCUCAUCUUAUUGCACCAGAGAGCGGUUAUAAUGUGUCGGUACUCAUAGAUCUAGAAAAAUUGCCAGAUGACUGGGAGGCGUUAGUGAGAAAAGUUGCCUUGCUGAAGAGGCAUUGCUUCGCCAGUGUCUUUGAGAAAUACUUUGACUUCCAGGAACAGUACUGUGACUCUUCAGGCAAGCCAGUACAGAAGAGGGCUGUAAUUCAAUAUCGAGAUGAGGAAACAAUGUAUGUGGAGGCUAAGAGCGACAGGGUCACCGUGGUGUUCAGUACGAUAUUCAAGGAUGAGGAUGAUAUGGUCAUUGGGAAACUGUUUCUUCAGGAACUGAAGGAAGGCAGGCGUGCGAGUCACACUGCUCCGCAAGUAUUGUUCAACCACCGUGAGCCGCCGUUAGAGUUGCAGGAUUCUGAAGCGGCGGUCGGAGAUUGUAUUGGAUACAUCACAUUCGUACUGUUUCCACGCCACACCAAUCGGGAGGCUCGCGACAACACCAUCGACCUGAUACACAUGUUUAGGAAUUAUCUGCACUAUCAUAUCAAGUGCAGUAAAGUUUACAUUCACUCGAGAAUGCGUACCAAAACGACGGACUUUCUCAAGGUGUUGAACAGAGCGAGAUCCCAAUCCAAAAGUACCGAGAAGAAGACUAUCACGGGUCGAACAUUUAUCAGGAAAGAAUGAACAUGCCGUAGGCGCGAAAGUAUUAACACUUUUCAAGAGGCAAGAGCAAAGGAUUAUUACGCGGCUAGUGCGGAAACAUCCUGCGAGCGAGAUUCCCUAUCCUCGGAAGGCAUCUUCCAACUUGUGUGUUAUCGGCGAGUGUUAUCGGACCUUUGAGUUUCAACCUGUCUCAAACAGUGUUCUAUAUUUCGGAACGCCGCGUUAAAUGAUUAAGGAAGUAAGUGAAAAGGAGAAUCGGUUUUGCACGUCGGUUCAGCACGAUUAUGCCUCAAUUAUCCGGAAAGGGAUUAUUCGAAGACGCCGGAGUUGCAUCUGUGUGUCUGAUGGUUGACAGUUACUGCUAUUAGGAAAAAUAUCGCUCGUUGCAAAACGUUUUACCAAUUUUACAGUGAUCUAUGGUUCAAGUACAGUACCGCUUCUCAAGAGGUUUGAAUUCGGUUGCAUAUUACAAUGGUUGUUACUACGAACAAUUUAUUAUACGUUAGGACAUUUUGAACUACGUCUGGCGCUUUGGACGCGAGUACAUCGAAUACAGAUUAGCAUUAUGGUGAUACAUCUCGGAUGAAAUCACAAAAUAUCUUUUUGAAAGAACGUUAGAAAUAUGUUUACAUUCUCAGUUUGAGUCUGUGAUUAUAUCUUGUCGCAGGAACUUUUUCGGACAACAUUAUUCGAAUCGCCAGAGGUAAUUAAAAAGUAUUUAAUGAGAGAAAAGUAAUGAAUUAAUAAUUUUACUUUUCGCAUUGUGCAUUUUAGCUCGAUGAAAGCAGAUUAUCGAGCGGACGAUUACUGUUAAAUAGCGCAAUUGUUCCCUUUUUCGAUAUUUUUAUCGUCUACUUAACGACUAUACAUCCGAUUAUUGUGAGAGAUUAAAAAAAAAAUAAAACGACAUUAACAAUCUA